UGGAGCGAGAGGAGCUGCGAGCCGGACGAUCAGGACGCACACACCGGGUCGGAUUCUGCAGCAGAGGCGGGGGCGUCCCAAUCAGAACCAGAACCACCAGAACUCUGCACGAGAACCCUCCGGUACUGGACUUCUCAAAAUACUGACUCUUUAAAACAAGUUUGUUUAUUUAUUUUGAGCACCGUUUUGAUUGACUUGCACGGAGAGUUUCUUAUGCACUUUGUUGCCGGACAAAGGAGAACAGCACCGAGCAGGUUGUUCCUGUAGAUACGGUCCGGAUCGCAUGUUUAAAUCGUGCAUUUCUGAAUUUAACAGGCUGGUUUCCGCUGUGUGAGUCGCUCCUGGUUUAUUUGUUAUUAUAGCUGCAGGGGUGCGAGUACAUCUCCAUAGAGAACCCACAGCUUGCCCGGAAUAGAGAACGAUUUACCGCAGCAUUGAUCUCAGGCUACUUCCCCCUCAGCUCCACCGAUCCGGUAUAUAUUUUUUACUUUACUCCGGUGGAAAAUAUGAUGCGAACGCCCAAAGGCGUUUCUCCGGCAGCGGCGGGUCGUCCCGCGGUGGGUCUGCCCUGCUCCCAGCACAAGAUGAAGGUGUUCUCCAGCGGAGCAGCAGUGAAGGCCGAGUUCUUCAGCACCGGACUGUCCAGCCCGCCGAUGAGCACGGUGCCGGUGGGAUACUUCACCCAGAUCUGCAACACGGCCGCGGCCGAACAAAGAGCCCACAGCCUGUACUCAACCCCCCACGGACCAGAGGCUAAACCCAUCAGAUCAUCCUCCGGGCGGCUGCCGGCUAAAAGGAAGCUGGAUCUCGAGGACCCUCUUUACCUCCCAGAGUUCCGCACGCCAAAAGGCAAAGGCAGCAUCACAGCCAGGAUACCAAGUCCAAGAACUCCAAAGUCUCCAGGUGAGCGGACGCGGUACGACACCUCCCUGGGCCUGCUGACCAAGAAGUUUGUGGGUCUGAUCGCGGAGUCUCCCGAUGGAGUUCUUGACCUGAACUGGGCCACCGAGGUUCUGGAGGUCCAGAAGAGACGCAUCUAUGACAUCACCAACGUCCUGGAGGGAGUGCAGCUGAUCAGAAAGAAAUCAAAGAAUAACAUCCAGUGGCUGGUUGGAGACGUAUUUGAAGGCGGUGCAGGCGGAGGAGAGAAGGCGUGUGCCCUGAGGAAAGAGCUGGGAGACCUGGAGAGGGCGGAGCGGUCUCUGGACGAGCUCAUCCAGUCCAGCACCACGCAGCUCAAACAGCUCACUGAAUAUAAAGACAAUCAGAGGCUAGGGUACGUGACGUACCAGGACAUCCGCUCCAUCGGCAGUCUCCGAGACCAGACGGUCAUCGCUGUCAAGGCCCCGGCUGAGACCAAGCUGGAGGUGCCAGACACAGCAGGGCAGGGGUCAUUACAGAUCUACUUAAAGAGUAAAAACGGCCCCAUCGAAGUCUACCUGUGUCCGGAGGAGGGUCUAGAAGAUGCCAGCCCCGUUAAGAGCCUUGUCACCCCCAAGGAGGAGUUUCCUCUGCCGCUCGGUCCUCCAGCUGCAACACCGAUGGCACAAACAAGUUACAGCAUCAAGGAGGAGCCUGUUGAAUCCAACCUGUCGACAGCUGCAGUUCCCGCCGCCUCCUCGGCUUCAGCCUCCACUUCCUCUCUGCUGGACGUAGAGAGGCUGUUGGGUUUGCCCCCCAGCCUGCUGCAGAUCACCGAGGACCAGCUCCCCGGCACCUCGUUCGCCCCAGAUCCCAACACGCCCUUUGUCAGUUUCUCGCCACCCUUGGACCACGACGAUUACCUCUGGAGCCUGGACGAUGGCGAGGGAGUGUCUGAUUUCUUUGACACCUACGACCUCGGGGAUCUGUUGAAGAGCUGAGGUAUCAAUGAAGGAAGGGGGGGAAAGAAAUGUAGGCAGAGGAGGGGGGGAAUAUUUAAUCGAAUGCCUUCUCAAAGUAGGAAAUAUUACACUAUGAAGCCAUCUCUCUUUUUUGCCAUGCCUGUUUUAAUGUCAGUGAUUCCAAAGGGUGAUUUAAACCCUAUGUCAAUGUUAAUUAAUUAAAAAUCCCAAUUGUACAUAUUGUUGUAAAAAAUCUCUCAGUCUGGGAGGAAGUUUGAGACUGAGAUUGGCACUGAUGUGUGUGUGUGUGUGUGUGUGUGUGUGUGUCAUCUCCGACCGUAAAGAAACACUGUUUAAAAAGCAGGGACUUUUUCACAUUGUGCUGCAAAGAUAAAACAUUUGUAGUCUCACACAAAUCUGUGAGUUACUAUGCAUCUUACCAGCAAAAGAUCUGGUAGACGUUUGGGUGCCAAGCCGGUGUUUACAGUGUGACAACUCAGGAAAUGUGCUUUUCUUCCUUGUUUCCAAAGUCUAAAUAAUUGUGCCACUCUUUGGCCCAUAGGGGGCAGCCUUGUAUUAAGUCAGCUUUAACUGCCGUGCAGCUUUUCCAGGAUUCAAUCAAAGUGGAUGAGAGUAAGCUAAAGCCACCAAGAACCUCACACAGGGUCCUAGUAUCUUCAACCUGCAUCAAAUGAAACUGUGAAUGACAUGUCCUCGUAGAUCCACUGGCAUCUACAGCUCGUAUGUACUGUCCCGUGAAAUCUGAGCGUAGAUAUUGGACGAGCAGCUGAUUUGAAAUGUUGGGUCUGUCUAAUCAAGUUCGCUCUUCUACUGCCUCAAGCUUUUUGUCAGGCCUUGUCACCUGUUUGGUGUUCGCAUCGUGUGCCAAACCUCACAGGCUGCGGAGGCCGGUUCUGGACUCGGAGCCGGAGAUUGUGAGCGAUGAAUUGGUGCUAAUCACACGCUUCCGUCGUAGGUUCGGCAGCAUUGUUUCAAAUCCAGUUGCUCCUGUGAAAUAGCUGAUUUUAACCGAUGCGUGUUUUUUUAUGAAGUGGUGUCAAACUACUGUUGUAUUUCUGAGGAAAUAACCCAAAAGAAUGAAAUAUAGCAUCUGUGUUGCAGAUGUGAUGGAAGGUUGGUUAAUUUAUGUAAUUAAGGUUUCAUUAGAUGAGCAAUUUCUUUCGUCUCCAUUUGUUCUGAAAUGGAGUUUGUUGAUUAAAUAGAAGCAGAGACCAUGAGGAAUUUAACUGUUUGGAUUUCAGGCCUUUGAAUUUUUUCCCCCCUCGUGUUUUGGUGCAGCCCCUUUUUAAAUAGUGCACCAGAACCAGAAGAGCAGCUGUGACUUUUACCUGUUAAAGAAAUUUGAAUUUCACGCCGAUGCAUUUUUGGCUUUCCCUCUACGUCGCAGAGAUAAGCUAACUGUCCUGUCCUAACAAAACUUGAAAAACGUGUGCUUGUGUGUGUAUUUGAUAGUUUGGGAAGUGGGUGUUUACAGUGUGUUUCGUGUGUGUGUGGUUUUACAAAUGUAGGUUAGAGAAUGUAAAUUCAGAAUUUGUAGGGUGUUUUUUUUCAAUGAACAUUAUUUUUCUGGUAUUUGUACAUAAGUUCUUUUUGUAUUUAUACCUAUUUUUUUCCCUGAAUUUGUAUUUGGAUGUUGAUACUGGCCUUUCUGCAGAGGCCACAACUGUUUUUGUAUGACAUGCAGCACUUAAUAUUUUAUAAUAUUGUGUGGUCUGUUUGAAAUAAUAAUAAAUAAAUUGAAGCCAUGGUUUACACCUUGAA